AUCUUAAUUGAUCAUUCUAAUUAGGGUUUAAGUCUUUCACUUAAUUCCUAGCUAAGAAUUAAGACAAAAUGAGAAGUCAAUUAGUACUAACUUGUCUUGUUUUUCUAUGUCUUGUUGUUGGUGGAGUUGCUUGGGAUGAUGCAAAGAAUGAAGACUAUUCAAGAAAGAGUACUUGGGGUGCAAGGAACGACGAAGACGUUCCAAGGAAUGAAGAAUAUGGUGAAAGGAAGGCUUGGGGUUUAAGCAAUGCUUGGGAUGCACUCAAGAAUGUUUGGGGUCCAAGGAACUCAAAUGUACCACGAAAGAACUACUAUCAAAGCACUCAUUGUCCAAAUGUUGAACAACUUAUUAGAGAUAUCACUUGGAGCAAAGUUGCACAAGACCCUACCUUGGGUGCUAAAUUGCUUCGAAUCCACUACCAUGAUUGUUUCGUUAAGGGGUGUGAUGCAUCCAUAUUGCUAGACAAAGUUGGUUCAGAUGAUUCAGAGAAGGAGGCUAGGCCAAAUCUCUCUUUGGCUGGUUUCGAAGUAAUUGAUGAUAUCAAGCGAGAAGUUGAGGCUAAAUGUCCCGGCAUUGUUUCUUGUGCUGACAUUUUAGCUCUAGUUGCUCGUGAUGCUGUUUCUUAUCCUUUUAAAACUUCAAUGUGGGAAGUGGAGACUGGAAGAAAAGAUGGAUUUGUUUCCCUUGCAAGUAAUGUGAAUGGAAACUUACCUUCACCAUUCUCAGAUUUUGCAACCCUAAAACAAAUCUUUGCAAACAAAGGCCUAAAUGUCGAUGAUCUCGUUGCAUUAUCAGGUGCUCACACAAUUGGUGUUGCUCAUUGUGGAGCAUUCUCAAGGAGACUUUUCAAUUUCAGUGGCAAAGGUGACAUGGAUCCAUCUCUCAAUGCUACAUAUGCUAAAGAUUUGAAAGAUGUAUGCCCAAAUCCAGCCAAUCCAGCUACAAUUGUUGAAAUGGACCCUAUGAGUUCAACUUCAUUUGAUAGCAAUUAUUUCAACAUUCUUAUUAAUCAAAACAAAGGGUUGUUCCAAUCUGAUGCUGCACUUCUCAAUGACAAAGACUCAGUCAUUGUCAUCAAGAAAUUGCAAGAUGAUAACACUUUCUUUUCCGAGUUUGCGAAAUCCAUGAAGAAAAUGGGAGCCAUUGAACUCCUUACUGGAAAUUCUGGAGAAAUCAGGAAGAAUUGUCGCGUCAAAAUUGUUGCGGGUGCAAGGAAUGUACUCCGCAACAACUUCUAUAAGAGCACUCCUCGUCCCAAUGCUGAACAACUUAUUAGAGAUAUCACUUGGAGCAAAGCGAAAAUUGAUGUUAAUUUGGGUGCUAGAUUGCUUCGACUACACUACCAUGAUUGUUUCCUUAGGGGGUGUGAUGCAUCCGUAUUGUUGGAUACAGAGGGAACAGAACAGUCAGAGAAGGAGGCUGUACCAAAUCUCUCUUUGGGUGGUUUCGAUGUAAUUGAUGAUAUCAAGAAACAAGUUGAGGCUAAAUGUCCUGGCAUUGUUUCUUGUGCUGACAUUUUAGCUUUAUCUGCUCGUGAUGCUGUUUCUUUCCCUUUGUUUGCAUGCAGUUUGUGGGAAGUGGAGACAGGAAGAAAAGAUGGAAAUGUUUCCCUUGCAAGUGAAGUGACCUCACACUUGCCUUUACCAGAUUCAAAUAUUUCAACCCUUCUACAACUCUUUGAAAAAAAAGGCCUAAAUGUCAAUGAUCUCGACGCAUUAUCAGGUGCUCACACAAUGGGUGUUGCUCAUUGUGGAACAUUUUCAAGGAGAUUUUUCAAUUUCAGUGGCAAAGGUGACAUGGAUCCAUCUCUCAAUGCUACUUAUGCUAAAGAUUUGAAGGAUGUAUGCCCAAAUCCAGCCAAUCCAGCUACAAUUGUUGAUAUGGACCCUUUGAGUUCAACUUCAUUUGAUAGCAAUUAUUUCAACAUUCUUAUUAAUCAAAACAAAGGGUUGUUCCAAUCUGAUGCUGCACUUCUCAAUGACAAAGACUCAGUAAUUGUCAUCAAGAAAUUGCAAGAUAAUAACACUUUCUUUUUCGAGUUUGCGAAAUCUAUGAAGAAAAUGGGAGCCAUUGAAGUUCUUACUGGAAAUGCUGGACAAAUCAGGAAGAAUUGUCGCGUCAAAAACUAA